AAUUUUAUGACAUCUAUCUGUCAUUCAAUUAAUAAAGUCAAGAAAAGCUAUACGAAAACGAAUCUAAAUUACGAAAUUAAAAUUCGGUGAGUUGGCUGACAAGACUUUGUUUUGCUUUAGAUCAAGUUUAAUAUUUUAGAAUUUAAAUAUGUCUAAAAAGAAGGGCAAUAAAAAGAACCAAGACUUUGACGAGGAAUUUGAAGAGAAAAAAGGAAAUGAUUUAAAUGAUAUAACCUCUAAAACUAGAGGCAGAGGUAAAAAGAAAGGUAAAGGAAAUGCUGGGGAUUGGAGUGAUAGCGAUGAAGAGAUACCUAAGAAAUCUGUAUCCGACGAAGUAGAUAUACCUAAAUCGACAGCUAAGAAAUCCCAGAAAAAAGCAGGUAAGAACAAAAAAAAGGGUGUUGAAUUGUCAGAAGAAGAGGAUGAUGACAACAAAUCUGUUGUGAGCAAUAACACUACAAGUACUGCAUCAAAAUCCACAUCAAAAGCAAAUAAAAAGAAAAAGGGUAAAGGCAAGAAGGAUGAUGAUUGGUCAAAUGAUGGGAGCGAUAUAGAAUUAAAAGAUGUCUCUGAUGAUGAAAUAAUCAAACCUGUAACAAAAAAGAAAUCCAAAAAUAAAAAGAAAAGUGUUGCUAGUGAAUCAUCUGGUGCGGAAGAAGAUGAAGCUCCGAUUCCUGUUUCUACCGACAUCUCAAAUACUAUGGUUAAAGAAACAAUCAAAUCAAAAAACAAAAAGGGUAAAAAUGCAAAAGAUGACUGGCCUGAUGAAGAAAGUGACAAAGAUGUUAAGAAGCAGUUUUCAGAUGAUGAAGAACUUCCCGAAUUGAUAGUCAAGAGUAAAGGAAAAAACAAAAAGAAAAAUAAUAUGGAUGAUAUAGAAGCUGAACUGAAAAAAUUUGAGAUGAAAGAUCCUGAACCAGAGGAGGUUCCUAAAAAGUCAAAGGAUAACAAAAAAAAUAAAAAGGAUGAUCCUGAAGAAGGGAAUAUAGCAGGAGAUGAAGCAUCAACUGAAGCUGAAGACAAGGUAUCAGAGAUGCCUGACAAGGAGAUUGCUGAGCCAGCUGAGAAGAAACUAAGUCAUAAAGAGAAGAAAAAAUUGAAGAAACAGCAAGAAUAUGAGAAGCAAGUAGAGAUGUUAACUAAGAAAGGAGGACAGGGCCACAGUGAGCUAGAUGCUAACUUUACUGUUAGUCAGGCUCAGAAAUCAGCAGGUCAAAUGGCAGCUCUUGAAAAUGCCGUCGAUAUAAAAGUAGAGAAUUUCUCAAUCAGCGCUAAAGGAAAAGAUUUGUUUGUGAACGCAAACUUGUUGAUUGCAAACGGUCGACGUUAUGGUCUGGUGGGGCCCAACGGUCACGGCAAGACAACACUGCUGAGGCAUCUUGCCCAAAGGGCUUUCCCUCUUCCUCCGCAUAUAGAUAUUUUGCUUUGUGAACAAGAAGUUACUGCAACUGACAUGAGCGCCGUUGAUACUCUUCUAGAAUCGGACGUAAAAAGAACGGAAUUACUAAAUGAAUGCAAGAAACUUGAAGCUGAAAUUGAAAACGGAAGCUUGAAUAAACAAGACAGAUUAAAUGAGGUGUAUGCUGAAUUAAAGGCAAUCGGCGCUGAUUCAGCAGAGCCACGAGCGCGACGUAUUUUAGCUGGUCUUGGUUUUAGUAAGGAAAUGCAAGACAGGGCUACGAAGAACUUUUCUGGUGGUUGGCGUAUGAGAGUAUCACUGGCUAGAGCACUUUACAUAGAACCUACUCUGCUUCUACUUGAUGAGCCAACUAAUCAUUUAGAUUUGAACGCUGUCAUUUGGUUGGAUAAUUAUCUUCAGGGCUGGAAGAAAACUCUACUCAUAGUAUCUCACGAUCAAUCGUUUUUGGAUAAUGUUUGUAACGAAAUCAUUCACUUAGAUCAACAAAAACUCUUCUAUUAUAAGGGCAACUAUUCAAUGUUCAAGAAAAUGUAUGCUCAAAAGAGGAAAGAGAUGAUAAAGGAAUAUGAAAAGCAAGAGAAGAGAUUGAAGGACUUAAAAGCACAUGGACAGUCAAAGAAACAGGCAGAAAAGAAACAAAAAGAAGCUCUGACCAGGAAACAAGAGAAGAAUAGAAAAUCAACUCGUGAUGAAAACGAUGAGGAUUCCCAGCCCGUCACUUUGCUGCAGAAGCCUAAAGAAUACGUUGUCAAGUUCUCCUUCCCUGAUCCGCCGCCUCUGCAACCGCCUAUUCUUGGUCUACAUACCGUUGACUUUAAUUUCCCCGGUCAGAAGCCGUUGUUCAAAGGUGUGGACUUUGGCAUAGACCUAAGUUCCCGUAUUGCCAUAGUUGGACCCAACGGUGUCGGCAAAUCAACCUUCUUGAAAUUGUUGGUCGGCGAAUUGAGUCCUAUUCGCGGAGAGCUAAUUAGAAAUCAUAGACUGAGGAUAGGUCGAUUCGAUCAGCACUCCGGUGAACAUUUGACAGCGGAGGAGUCGCCUGUGGAAUAUUUGCAGCGGUUAUUUGGUCUACAGUACGAAAAGGCACGUAAAGCGUUGGGCACAUUCGGUCUCGCUAGUCACGCGCAUACUAUCAAGAUGAAAGAUCUCAGUGGAGGGCAGAAGGCGAGAGUCGCUUUGGCCGAACUAACUCUUAUGGCGCCGGACGUCGUUAUAUUGGAUGAACCGACGAACAAUUUAGACAUAGAGAGUAUAGACGCGCUCGCGGACGCCAUCAAUGACUACAAAGGAGGCGUGGUAAUAGUAUCCCACGACGAACGGCUAAUACGAGAGACUGAUUGCGCACUAUACGUUAUAGAGGACCAAACUAUCAAUGAGGUGGACGGUGACUUUGACGAUUAUCGCAAGGAGUUGUUGGAGAGCUUAGGAGAGACAAUUAAUUCCCCUUCUAUCAUAGCUAACGCUGCUGUUUUACAGUAAAUUACAUUUGAGAACAAAAAUAUGCAGAUAUUUCUAAUAAGUACGCUGGCAACACAACAUAGACAGUAACUAAUAAGAUUUCCUCCACACCGUUGAUUGUCUAAUAAAACCAGUUUUCAAGCAACAGGCCUCGUGGAAAUCGUUUUCUAUAGUCAUGUACACAUAAUACAAUGCUGGUAAAAGCUGCUAUAACAU